CGGAGAAGCGACCAUGCUGUGGAAACUAGUUGAGAAUGUCAAGUAUGAAGAUAUUUACGAGGACCGGCAUGACGGUGUCUCGAGCCACAGCUCGCGCCUGUCCCAGCUGGGCUCGCACGCGGGACCCUACUCCAGUGCGCCCCCGCUGUCUCACGCACCGACCUCGGACUUCCAGCCGCCCUACUUUCCGCCGCCGUACCAGCCGCUCGCUCACUACCAGAGCCAGGACCCGUAUUCCCACGUCACCGACCCGUACACCCUAAACUCGCUGCACCAGAGCCAGCAGAGCGCGUGGGGCGCGCGGCAGCGGCAGGACGCGGUGGUGGAGCGGAUGGAUAGCUCCGCGCUGCUGGCACAACCUCGGGCGUCGUUGUCUCAGCUGUCCGGGCUGGACCCGCGGAGGGACUACGGUGUGAGGCGGCCCGAUGUGCUAAUGCACCCGGGCCUGGACGGGAUGGGAGACGGUCUGCUGCACGGGCUGCACGGCAUGGAGGAUGUUCAGACUCUUGACGACACCAACGGAACGAACAUCCUUGAUCAAUCAGUAAUUAAGAAAGUUCCCAUGCCUCACAAGCACAUGGGCUCCCUGAUGCUCGGGAAGGACGGGCUGAUGGGAGGCAUCACCGUGAGCAUUAACGAGGUGUUCUGCUCGGUACCGGGCCGCCUGUCGCUGCUCAGCUCCACUUCCAAGUACAAAGUGACCGUAGGGGAGGUGCAGAGGAGACUGUCCCCGCCAGAGUGCCUGAACGCAUCCCUGUUGGGGGGCGUGUUGAGAAGAGCAAAGUCCAAAAACGGUGGGAGAUGUCUGAGAGAAAAACUGGAGAAGAUUGGACUGAAUUUACCUGCUGGAAGACGCAAAGCUGCCAAUGUCACAUUACUAACAUCUCUUGUAGAAGGUGAGGCGGUGCACCUUGCCCGGGAUUUCGGUUACCUCUGCGAGACGGAGUUUCCCACCAAAGCCGUGAGCGAGUACCUCAACCGGCAGCACGCUGACCCCAACGAGCUGCACACGCGGAAAAACAUGCUGCUGGCGACAAAGUGAGUCUGA